AAUAGUUGCACGAUUGAUACCCAGAAGGGCUUUGGGCCUUCCAACAAACAUUGCUAUGGCGGAUUUGAUUUCACUUUAUAUUUUGAAGAAGCUUUCCUAUCCAUAGUACCAUUCACUAUCAUUCUUCCUGUUCUCAUCUUCCGGUUAUAUCGAUUGCACCAAGCACCCAUCGUCGUUGGUGGAGCAAGAUGGCAUCUAGCCAAACAGGUGAGUGCUAAGAAGUCUCUCAAGUGAAUGCCUAUGUUUACAAUACUUCUUGCAGGCCUGUUACAUCCUCUAUGGAGCACUUCAAGUCCUUUCCUUAGGCGCCAUCGUUAUGCCCGAUACCGUCAAAACACACGCGACGGUCGCCGCCGUGGUCAUCGAUCUCCUAGCUACAUUCACUUUAGCAGUGGUGUCUAAUUUUGAGCAUUACCGAAACCCUCGACCGUCCUCUCCUAUCGGCGUCUUCCUUACCGUCACAUUCUUUUUCAACAUUGCUCGGAUCAGAACACUGUUUGCGACCCAUGAGGCCCAGCCACUAGGGUCCAUGUUGCUAGUCGCUACACUCGUCAAAUUUGCCCUUCUCUGUCUUGAGCUCAAGGAGAAACGGGAAAUAUUGCUCGAUGAAAAAGAUUUCCGAGCCCCCGAGUCAACGGCGAAUUUCUUCAAUCGUCUUGUCUUCUUCUGGCUGAACCCAUUGCUACUUAAGGGAUAUUCAAAGCCCAUUCAAGAGCACGAUUUAUUUGAGGUCCAGAGCCAGAUUGUUGGAGAAAAGGAGCUGCUUGCGUUGGCUGAGAGGUGGGAGAAAUAUCCUUUCAAGACCCGGCCCAACAUGCUUAGCUACCUGCAGAAGGACGACUAUUCAAACCGCAAAUCUGUCGGCUAUGGUCUUAUCGCUGCCUACAUUCUAGUUUACGUUGGCUUCGCCAUAACUGGUGCAUUACAUCAGCACCGAAACUACCGCAGUGUUGCUAAGCUCCGAGGCUCCCUCAUUGGGGUCAUCUACAAAACUACACUAACCAUGAGCUCCUCCGCUUUGACAGAAUCUGAGGCUGUAACCCUAAUGAAUGCGGAUGUUGAGCGUAUCACUGUUGGUCUUCGACAGUCUCAAGAGUUGUGGGCCAGUUUCUAUGAGAUUGCUCUGUCUGUGUACUUGUUGUACAGGCAGAUCAGCUGGGCGGCACUGACGCCGCUUGGAGUAAUUCUACUCUGCACUGGCGCAGCGAUCGGAGCUUCCCCAAAGCUUGCAUCAUCGCAAAAGACCUGGCUUGAUCGUAUCCAGGCUCGUGUUGACGCAACUGCUUCAAUGUUGGGGUCAAUCAAGGCAGUCAAGAUGACGGGUCUCACGGCAGACCUAGGAACUCGGAUACACAAUCUCCGCGAAACUGAGAUUUCGACCGCCAGGACAUUCCGUGGCAUGUUGGUCAAGAUCACUACCUUUUCUUUCGCGAGCACAUCAAUAAGUCCUGUAGUGGCUCUUGGAACCUACAUAAUGAUGGCAAAGUACCAAGGAUAUCCUGAUCUGACAUUGGAGAGAGCGCUUACCUCACUGGUUUUAAUGAACCUCCUCCUUGAGCCAGUGGCGUUCUUCAUCACCGCUUUAUCUGGGCUCAUCACAACUAUGAGCUGCUUUGAGAGGAUUCGCCAAUACCUUAAUACCGAGGGAAGGAUGGAGCCAUCGCUAUAUAGACCACGAACAUCAUUCAGACCCGGGCCGCAGGCUGAUUCCACCGUCAGCUUAUCAAAAGAGGAUCACCUCGCUGACAUUCCCGAAGACACCCCUCUGAGCACGCCACACCCAAUCAGCAAGCAACAAGGCAUAUUUGAGGACAUCGAGAUAGGAGACGAUGCGACACUUGCUUCUCUGAAUGUAAGACGCGAUUGCAUCGUUGCGGAAAACGCUAGCUGUGGAUGGGAUGCGGAGAAGACACCGACGCUCAUGAAUUUGAACUUCAACAUCAAAGAGGGGAGUCUGACUAUGAUUGUUGGUCCUGUCAGCAGUGGAAAGUCGACUCUGCUUAAGGCCAUAUUGGGGGAGAUGCCGAUCUCAAAAGGGCUGCAACGAUCAUUUUAUACCGAGGUCUCUUACUGUAGCCAGAGCCCGUGGCUUGUGAAUGGGACUUUGAAGGAUAAUAUCAUUCACGGGUCGGAUUUUGAUCCAGUUUGGUAUGAUACUGUCAUCAAAGCCUGCGAUCUUGAGACAGAUAUCGGCAACAUGUCCCUUGGAGACGAGACCGUUGUUGGUAGUAAAGGCCUCAGUCUGUCUGGUGGACAACAGCAACGAGUAGCACUAGCUCGCGCGGUUUAUUUUCGCAGAAGUAUCGUUCUCAUUGACGAUGUCAUGAGCGGUUUAGAUGCAUCAACCGAGGAGCAUGUUUUCGAAUCCAUUCUCGGUGACCACGGCCUUUUGCGUGGUACUGACACAACUGUCAUAUAUGUUACCAACGCUGUCCAUCGACUCUCACAGGCGGACCAUGUCAUCGCCCUUGGCUCCGACGGAACCAUUACUGAACAGGGUGCAUUCGAGGACCUAUACCAGCAAGAUGGCUACAUCGGCAAUCUAUCUUACAGCGGACGCUCGAUCUACAAACAAGACGAACCCAAGCAAACGAUCCAGGGCUUCAAGCAAUCUUUGAUUCACCGGAGAGAAACGGAGAAGGUUGAAGAGGAGAGCGCAGCUGGAGAUCUCACCAUCUAUGCAUACUAUAUUCGAACAUUUGGAUGGGGCCGAUGGUUCAUCUUCUGCUUCUUCUGUGCCCUUUACGGAUUUGGAACAGCCUUUCCUAAUGUAUGGGUCAAAUGGUGGGCCGGAUACAACCAAGAGCAUCCCAACACCAAGAUUGUGUACUACCUUGUCCUUUACACAUUCUUCGCUCUACUAGGUCUUGGUUCGCUCGUCGUUGCUUGCUGGACACUGAUCAUGACCAUGACUCCGCACGCCGGCUGGAAAUUGCACCAACGUCUCCUCACUACCGUCCUCAAUGCCCCAAUGUCUUUUUUCGCUUCUACAGAUACAGGUAUCACUACCAACCGUUUCAGUCAAGACCUAGAACUCAUCGACAUGGAGCUUCCUGUCGCGCUGAUUCGAACCGCGAUGAUGUUCUUUGUCCUUUUCGCUCAGCUUCUCGUCAUCCUAGCAUCAGCGAAAUACGUCGGCAUUGCCCUGCCAUUCACCGUUGUAGUCAUUUACGUACUUCAAGUGUACUACUUAAGGACGUCCCGGCGCCUCCGUAUCUUAGACAUUGAGACCAAAGCUUAUCUUGGUACUCAGUUUUUGGAGCUUUUGAGUGGUCUUGUCACGAUCCGCGCUUUCCAGUGGGAAUAUCAGCAUCUCUCGCGCUUCCUCGAUGUGUUGAAGAAAGCCCAGCGACCAUUCUAUCUCCUCUACUGCAUCCAACGAUGGCUCAACAUGGUCUUGGAUCUCAUUGUUGGCACCAUUGCUAUCAUGCUCGUUACUAUCGCAGUCAAGACCAAGGGAAGCGUUGAUCCUGGCAUGACUGGCUUGGCUCUUGUGAACUUGGUUGGUUUCAGUCAGAUGCUAAAGCAGCUCAUCACCAACUGGACAUUGCUCGAAACCUCCAUGGGAGCCUUGUCCCGAAUCCGAAGCUUCGAGUCAGAUGUCGAGUCAGAGAAUCUACCCGGCGAGGAUCACGUUGCGCCAGAUCAUUGGCCUAAAUUUGGAGGCAUCGAAUUCCGAGAAGUCACCGCAUCUCACAAGAAGGCUAACAGGCCUACUCUUGACAACCUUAGCUUUGCAAUCCCGCCGGGUACUAAACUUGGUCUCUGUGGUCGAAGCGGCAGUGGAAAGAGCAGCCUCAUCGCAGCCCUGCUCCGACUUAUGGAUAUCCAAAGUGGAAGCAUUAUCAUCGACGGAAUCGAUAUCGCGACUCUGCCUAGACAGACCGUUCGGAGCCGCCUCAUAGCACUUCCACAAGACCCAUACGUUCUCGCUGGCACAGUCCGCGAGAACGUUGACCCCCUUAAUUCUGUAUCGGAUGAAGAAAUCACCGCAGCGCUAACCAGGGUCCAACUAACUCACCUUCUCGAAGGCGAAAACGGUGGUCUAAACACCAAAUUAACAACCGACAUGCUCUCCCACGGACAAUGCCAACUCCUCUGUCUCGCACGAGCAAUGGUUCGCAAGAGCUCAAUCCUGAUCCUCGAUGAAGCAACUGCUAGCGUCGAUGUCCACACUGAUGCCUUGAUGCAGGAUAUCAUCCGGUCCGAGUUCAAGAAUCACACAAUCAUCGCUGCUGCACAUCGUCUCGAUACUAUUGUCGAUUUUGAUGCAGUGCUGAUGCUCGAUGCAGGAAAAGUUGUCGAGACAGAUGUCCCUGCGAACUUACUUGAACGUGAUUCUGCGUUCAAGGAGCUAUAUCAGAUCCAAAAGGGAGAGAGUCAGCCUUGGCAUGUGUCGACGUUAAGUUUAUUGAAUGAUACGAGCGAUCGGAUAUCAUUAAUGAGCCACGACGUCAUAUAAACCAAUGCUCGCUCAAUUGAGUUUAGGUUGGUGAAGCAGGCUCAUCUAUAAAUAGAGCACAAGGAGGAGUUUUCAUUUGUUUAUGACUUCAUUUCAUUUCUUUCAUUGCAUUUUUGAGCAAAGGAGUUUUGAGUGGAUUGAGAAGAC